CGGUGCUCCCCACAUUCCUCCUGCCCCAACCCAAGUUCUCGCAGCCUCGUCGUUCGCUGCAAAGUGCAAACGGCCACCUUCCCUAUCUCCUUCGGUCCUUGUUUCGCCCUUCGUCGCAAAAGAGACCCCGACCCGACCCGAUCCAGCGCGCGUGCGGGGCGCGGCCGCAGAGCUUCGCCAUGACGGAGUCGCGCCGCGCGCCGCCGCCGCCGUCCGGCUGCAACAUGCUCGGCAUCUACACCGGCAUGUUCCGCCGCCGCCGCUCCGCCUCCAUGUCCAACCUCUCCCGCUUCAACAACAACGGCCCCGUCCCCGACGAGCCCGCGCCCGUGUCGACCGCGCCUCCGCCCAACGCCAACCACUACCCGGCGCACCGGAGCAAGCCCGCCGCCGACUCCUCCUCCUCCCUCGUGCGCCACCGCCCCCGGACCACGCCAUCGCACGCGCCGAUCGCGGCGCCGCCGACAUCGUCCGCGAUCGACAAGAACACCACCAUCAAGCCCGCGGCCAAGGCCAACAACGCCGGGGCAGAGUACACGGGCAUGGCAGCGGAGCUGGACAAGAUGAUCCACGACCACCAGCGGGUCAAGGGCACCACGCAGAUGAUGCGCGCCACCUCCGGCAACAUGAUGAUGCACCGCAACCUCGGCAACCUCAACGCCUCCGGCUCCCCCUCCGCCUUGGCCGCCCGCGCCUCGCUCGAACAACAACGCCCCAACCCCAACCCAACGCCCCAACGCAAGAACGGGUACGCGUCCACGGCCACGGGUAUGGGCAACAUCGUGGGCAACAACAAGGCGGCCGGCGAGCUGUGCCGGGCGCUGUCGCACAGGACGGACCCGGAGAAGCUCAAGGAGAUGGGGAACCAGGAGUACCGGGAGGGCCACUACGCCGAGGCCGUGGCGCUCUACGACCAGGCCAUCAUCGUCGACCCUUGCCGGCCGGCCUACUGGAGCAACAAGGCCGCGGCGCUCGCGGCCCUCGGCCGGCUCAUCGAGGCCGUCGCGGACUGCAAGGAGGCCCUCCGGAUCGAUCCCUCCUACGGCCGCGCGCACCACCGCCUUGGCGGCCUCUAUCUCAGAUUAGGAGAGCCUGACAAGGCCAUCAACUUCUUCAAGCAAUCGUCGUCCAAGGAUCACUCGACGAGCGCCGACGUGGCACGCGCGCAGUCGGUGAAGAGCCGCAUCGCCAAGUGCAACGACGCGCGCAAGCUCAGGGACUGGAUCACGGUGCUGCAGGAGUCUCAGGCCGCCGUCUCCGACGGCGCCGACUGCGCCCCACAGGUCUUGGCGCUGCAGGCCGAGGCGCUGCUGAAGCUCCAGCGGCACGACGAGGCGGACGCGGCGCUCCGUGGCGGCGGCGCGCCGAGGUUCGGCGCCGACGAGUCGGCCAAGUUCUUCGGCACCACCGCGCACGCCUACGCCCUGACGGUCCGGGCCCAGGUGGACAUGGCGGCGGGGAGGUUCGAGGAUGCCGUGGCGGCGGCGCAGGCGGCGUGCCAGCUGGACCCGGCCGGCCGGGAAGCGGCGGCCGUGCACCGGCGCGCCAAGGUCGUGGCCUCGGCCAGGCUCCGCGGGAACGAGCUCUUCAAGGCCUCCCGGUUUGCCGAGGCGUGCGCCGCCUACGGCGAAGGCCUGGGUAAUGGCGGGGAGGCGACGAGCGGCGUGCUGCUGUGCAACCGGGCCGCGUGCCACGCCAAGCUGGGCCGGCACGAGAAGGCCGUCGAGGACUGCGGGGCCGCGCUCGCCUUACGGCCCGCGUACAGCAAGGCCCGCCUCAGAAGGGCCGACUGCAACGUCAAGUUGGAGAGGUGGGAGGCGGCGUUGAGAGAUUACCAGGUGCUGAUCCAAGAGCUCCCGGAGAACGAGGACGUGAAGAAGGCUCUCGCGGAGGUGCAGGCCAAGGUUAAGAGCCAGAGGAAUGGGGGAAUAUCUCGGCAUUGACGUCAGGUUUGUUUAUUCUGCCGACUAUUGGAGAAUCAACUGCAAGUUCUGAAGACGACAAGGCUUUCAACAAAAGAACUCGCGCAGUCUGCUCAUGCCAAACAUGUAUGCUUGUUUUUGUUAAAACAUACACCAAAUUGCAAAAAGAGAAUGAAGUGAUGGAACUGUACAUAAUACUUGCUCCUUUGUGGUGUAUAGUCAGUUAAUUUGUUUGAUUGUGAGGUUUCAGUGGUGGCGCCCAGGAUUUUCUGAAGAUUUAAGUUUGCCUCUCCAACUGAGGAACUAAAAGGACUGUACACUAAAAUGAAUGCUUUUACAAACAGAAAAUGUGUGACUAUUCAUUUGAUGAAGGCUCCCCUUUGCAGAAAUUAGAACAGGUAGCUUCAUACAUUGUACCUACUUGCGCAGAACAUGAUUAGAUCAAUGAUGUGGUGUGUUGUGCCCUAUGUGUCUGACUAGAGUACAGGCUGUAUGCUACCCAUGUUGUAGGGUUGUGUCUAUUAGAGUUCAUUUUCUCUCCACAGUUUACAUCUGUCAAUUUAAGAUGCAGAUGUUUGGUUAUGCAA